AGAAAUAUUUAUAUUCUAAAUAUUGGCAAUAUUAGCAAAGGAUUUGGAGAACAAAAAAAGCACCUGAAAGCUUAUAAAUUUGCAACUUCAAGGAAUGCGUCUGAAUAACCUUUUUGUGUAGACGUAUACGAGAAACGCGUUAUUAACCAUACAUCAGUAUUUUCGUAUUAAAAAAAACGAUAUGAAAUCAUCCAAAAAUCGAUCGUCUCGCCUCGAAGAUAUGGGUAUACCAGAUGAGGUACCUUUUCGGAGUAGACUUCAUUAUUUGUUUGCUCAAAUUGAAAAGGAAUUCGAGUUACUCUAUUUGGAAAACCUGCAUUUGCAGGACAAAUUAGAUGGGUACGUGAAUAAGGAAUCGUUGCAGUCACAUGAACGUACAGCCACAAAUCAAUGCAAUGUGUCAUCCAGUGCUCCACUCACUGUUGUUAGCCAUGAAGAGACUGAUGCAGCUGGCACUGCAGUUGUUACAGGCAGUAAAAGUCUUAAAUCCAAAUUUUCAAGUGGCGGUAAAGUGAAAGCUAGUCAUAAAAUCAAGGCACAGACGAGUCGCAUUGUGUCUAGUUUUAAAAAUCAAUCGGCGGUUAGUUCAGUAAUGCGUGAAUUUUGCGGUCACAAGGAUGGCGUUUGGCAAGUAGCUGCUAAAUUUGGUCAACCAAUCCUUGGUACUUCCUCCGCCGAUCACACAGCUUGCAUCUGGGGUAUUGAAAGCGGUCGUUGCCUACUGCAAUAUACAGGGCACGCUGGUUCUGUCAAUUCUAUUAAAUUUCAUCAUAAUCGAGAUUUAGUAUUAACAGGCAGUGGUGAUGGAACUGCUCAUAUAUGGCAGGCAGCUGUAAAUUGGGAAGUUUCCAAGAAGGGACACUCGUCAGAAGAAGAAUUAGACGACAGUGACGAACAAGUGGAAGAUCGAGAUCGUGUUGACACACUGCGUACACCUCUUUGCGAAUUUACCGGUCCUGGAGGACAUUUAUCGGUAGUUGUUGCUGCUGAUUGGUUGUCGAAUAUGGAUCAAAUUAUUACUGGCAGCUGGGAUCGCAUCGCAAUUUUAUGGGAUGUAGAAACUCGGGAGCCUCUGCAACCAUUGUCUGGUCACGACCACGAGCUAACACAUGUUUCGGCUCACCCAACUCAACGAUUGGUAGUGACUGCUUCAAGAGAUUCAACGUUUCGAUUGUGGGAUUUUAGAGAUCCAAUAUCAGGUGUAUCCGUAUUUCAGGGCCAUACUGAAAGUGUAACAUCGACAGUUUUCACCCGGGAUGAUAAAGUAGUAUCAGGAUCUGAUGAUCGUACUGUUAAAGUUUGGGAAUUGCGUAAUAUGCGUUCAGCUCUAACAACCAUACGAACCGAUUCGUCAGUAAAUCGCUUAGCAGUUUCUAAUGGUGGAAUAAUAGCUAUACCCCAUGACAACAGGCAAAUUCGCUUAUUCGAUUUGAAUGGUCAAAGGAUCGCGCGAUUACCACGUACGUCAAGACAAGGUCAUAGGCGAAUGGUUUCUUCUGUCGCUUGGGCUGAAGAGCCAUUAUUAAAUUGCGAUCUCUUCUCUUGCGGGUUUGAUCGUCGCGUCUUUGGAUGGUCCGUAGUAUUACCGAAAGAUAAUUGAAAAUUAUCAAAAACAGCAUUUUAAACCUAAGGCAUUCUUCAAUUGAUUCAUAAUAAUAAUUAGCUUUUAUUUGAUUGAUGUUUCCCUAACAAACUACCAAUUGUAUAGCGUGACCAAAUAUAAUAAUUUUGUCUUUUAAUUACUAUAUUCAUUUCUAAAAUGACAGAAGUACCGCAGAUUUUAAUGUUAGCAUUUAAGAAUUCCACUUUACUCACUUGCACCAUUGCACACUCUUUUAAUGCAAUUAAAAUAAUAAUGAUGUUCGCAUGUUUUAAACAAGUAUAUGGGUGUGCAUACGUAUAAAUCGUACAAAAGAAUUUUGAAUUGAUCAUUUAUUUUUUGAUAUGAAAUCAUGAAAAUUUUAUGUAUUCGAGAUACUUUAAGGAAAUUUAAUGGAAGCUCCGAACAUUAUGUUGUUAAAGUAUUACAAUGUUCUCAAUAAAAAUUAAACUGCUAUUCGUUUAUUUAUGAUUGUUGAAAAAGUUUAUACAAACAAAAUCAUCUCCUAUCAAAGUAAAAAAAUAAAUA